UUUGACGAGAAGUGACCUGUUUCCAAACAGCGACACAUAACACAGUACAUUUCAUUUUCUCAUGUAAGGGAUGCUGGCUGUGUUAAUGUUGAGCUCUUCCUGUAGAACAUUAGUUAUAUAAAAUAUCAGCUAUGUCAGGCGCUGGAUAUUUCCUCUACUUCGCUUUUGGAAGUAAUUUAUUGAAAGAGAGAUUGCAGCUGAAAAACCCGUCAGCAGUUUUUCACUGCGUCGCUCGACUCGAGGGUUAUGUGCUACAGUUUGGUCUGUGGGGAGAAAAUGUGGGCAGAAGGUGGAAUGGUGGAGUGGCCACGAUUGAGGAAUAUCCAGAUGAAGAUGUCUGGGGUGUAGUGUGGAAAAUGGCAACAGAGGACAUCACUUCUUUAGAUAAACAGGAGAGCGUGGACAAGGGUGUCUACAGCCCCAUGGAGGUGACAGUGGAGACAGAAACUGGACCGCUUCUCUGUAGAACAUAUAAGAUGAACAACUUCAGACCCUGUGCUCCAUCACCACAGUACAAAGAGGUCAUAUGUUUAGGGGCCCAACAGAACGGAUUACCUGAAGACUAUAUAAAGAAGCUACAGGCUGUGGAGACCAAUAACUACACUGGACCUUCAAUUUUAGAUGAGAUUAAAAAGCGUAAGAACUGAGUGUGUGGGGGGGAAAAAAUUAAUUCAUAAUUCAUAAUUGGUUAUGCUUUACAUUAGGGAUCCCUUAUCAUUAGUUUACAGGAACAAAUCAUGUACAACCCCAAUUCUGAAAAAGUUUGAAAAGAGUCAUUUGAAAAUUCACUUCACCCUGUACUACAUUGAAAACACAUUAUUAACACAUUAUUUGAUGUUUUACUUUGUGAAUUUAAUUAAUUUUUUGUAAACAUACACUCAUUUCAAAUCUGCAAUGCACUCCAAAAAAGUUGGGACAGUCGACUGUUACUUUUUCUUUUUACCUUUUCUUUUAAUAACACUUAUUAAGUGUAUGGGCGCUGAGUGAAGACACCAGUUGGUUAAGUUUAGCAAGCAGAAUUUUUCCCCAUUCAUCUAUUAUGCAUUUGUUCAGCUGCACAACUGUACGGUGCCUUUGUUGCCUUAGUUUGUGCUUCAUAAUGCAUCACACAUUCUCAAUCGGAGACAGGUCAGGACUGCAGGCAGGCCAUGCUAGCACCCGCACUCUGUUUACGCAAGCAUCCGGGCAGAAUGUGGUUUCUGAUAACAGCUUGGAUGGUCCUUUUCCUCUUUGGCCCGGAGAGCAUGACUGCUGUUUUGUCCAAAAAAUUAUUAGAAAUGUUGACGCGUCAGACCACAGAACAUGAUUCCACUGUGCUACUGUCCAUCCCAGAUGAGAGCGAGCCCAGAGAAGUGGGCGGUGCUUCUGGACAGUGUUGAUGUAUGGCUUCUGCUUUGCAUAGUAAAGCCUUAACUUGCAUCUGUGGAUGCAGCGGCGAAUGGUGUUUACUGACAAAGGUUUACCAAAGUAUUCCCGAGCCCAUGUCAGGAUAUCCAUUACAGACUCAUGAUGGUUUUAAAGACAGUGACGUCUGAGGGAUCGGAGAUUAGGCGAAUCUUUUAAUUAUAUUGUGCACUGUAGAAGGUGAAAUGCCCAAAAUCCUACCGAUUUGUCUUUGGGCAACGUUGUUCUCAAAGUGUUGGAUUAUUCACUGACGCAUCUGUUGGCAGAUUGUUGAUUCUCGACUAAUCCUUGCUCUUGAAGGACUAGGCCUUUUUUGGAGGCUCCUUAUAUACUCUGAUUAGACGAUUACCUCACCUGUUUCACGUCACCUUCUUAUUUCAGCUUGUCACAUCGCUAUUAGUACUAAACUGCCCCUGUUCCAACUUUUUUAUACCAUGGUGCAUGCAUCAAUUUCAAAAUAAAAGUUUCUCUUAAAAAAACUAUGCAGUUGAUUAGGUAAAACAUCAAAUAUCUCGACUUUUUGUUUAAAUACAAGUCAAAGUACAUUUACAAAUCACUCCUCUUUGUUUUUAUUAGCAUUUUCCAUACUGUCCCAACUUUUUCAGAAUUGGGGUUGUACUUCAGCAACAAUGAACCAUACAGAACAGAGUAACUUUGAUAAACUAUCUUGUAUUAAUGAAUGUUUUCAAUAAAGUUGUUGACCAGCUUCAGCAAUGGUUAUUCCAUCUUUGAGUGAAAUGAAUAAUGUUCAACAUGAGCAACACCUUAAUAAACAUGAUUGUGGUUGUGAACUGGCAAAUUUCAGAACUUAAACUGAAAUGCAACUUUUCACUAAAAAUGUAGUAGUGUAUUUCAUUUUUGCUGAAAUAAUAAGGAUUUAUAGUGCAAUGUAAUAUACAUUAUAGUGUAGUGUACAUAUUAUUCAAUGUAGAUUUGCUAACAUUGAAACAAACUUUAAUUACCGAUUGUUUUUAAAAAAUUAUUUAUUUUUUUAACAAUCGCUAGGACCCAUUUCUCAAUUCUUAGGUCACUUUUUCCCAAAACUCUUCACACAGUUCUCCUAACCAACUUUCAGCUUGGCACAGCAGUUAAUUUCACACCCAAAAUGCACUAAAACUACGAAAACACUUCAUACACUCGAAUCAACUCAUUUUUCCACAACACUAGCAAAGGUUGUCACCCAACAAACUCACUUUAUCACUCAUUGACCUAAAAAACAUUGACCUAAAAAACACUAACAGGGAGAAUUAAAGAAUGUUUUUUUGUUUGUUUGUUUUUUUUGUGCAAAAUUUCUUUGCAAAACAAGCAUGACACGCUCUACUGUUUAGAAUUCACUGCAGUAGAUAUUACAGGAAUGAAUCAGACAUGAUGCAAUAUGCUUCAAUAUGUUUUAUGUCAUUUUUUGGCAUUGAGUGACUCCCC